AUGUCUCCCCCGCCGGGAGUCGUCUCACGAUACGAAACCAGUGCCGUCUACACACACCCCGAGGCCAAGGUCGACAUCGUCCUGGUUCACGGCCUCAAUGGCGACCCCCAGAGGACGUGGACAGCAGGCAACGGCACGUUCUGGCCAACCGACCUCCUCCCCGCCUCUCUCAAGGGUGCGCACGCCAACGUGCUCGUCUACGGCUACAACGCCGACGUGUACUCCAAGAAGAAUGACCGCAGCGCCAGCGACAACUUCAUCCACCAGCAUGCCCAGACGCUGGUCACGAACCUGACCCUGUUUAGAAAGAGCGAAGGGACGUUCCGCAACCCCAUCAUCUGGGUGUGCCACAGCCUGGGAGGCAUCCUAGUCAAGCGGGCCCUUCUCUACUCCAACGACCUGAGGGUGACGCAUCACGAAGACUACCGGUCGAUAUUCGUGUCGACGUUUGGCCUCAUCUUCCUGGGCACGCCGCACUGCGGGUCCGACGCCGCCACAUGGGGGUUGGUGCUGCAGGGCAUGGCCGAUGCCAUUAUGCCCAGGAAGUUUUUCGAAUCCGAGUCCGUGCUGCUCAAGACGUUGAAGAAGGACAACGAGACAUUGUCCAACAUUAACAAUCACUUUCUGGAUAUCUAUCAGCGGUUUCGCAUCCACAUGGUUCACGAGAACCACAAGACUGACAUCAAGGGCACCAAAAUCACCAUAGUCGACGCCAACUCGGCGAGUCCCCAGCUCCCCGGUGUGACGUACUACGGCGUGGAAGCCACGCACUCCCAAAUGUGCAAAUUCGCCAGUGCAAACGCCCCCGGCUUCAGGGCGCUAUCCACCGACAUCCGUCAGUGGGUUCGGGACGCCCCGGCCUUCAUCAGCAUGCGAUGGGAAGCCGAGGAGCAGGAAAAGGCGUCGCGGAUGCGCAACGAGGUUCACGAGAGAAUAUCCCCAUUUAUGGCACCGACUCGUGCAAUCGUAGGCAGCUCCUCGUCGCGAAGCGGCAGUGACAUUUCCAACGUGUCGUCCCUCUCACUUUCCACGUCGACGCUGUCGCCGGCGCCGGGGGCCUUCCUCACAGCUCCAGGGCCGGGAGGUGGUGCUGCUGCUGCUCAGCCGGUGGGGGCUCGGGUUGUGGUGCUGGACGAAAUGCACGAUCUCGGGAAGAAAUUCUACAUGCUGUACAGGUAG